AGGUUUUGCUCCCUCUUGCAAACACUUCUUUAGGAAAAUUGUUCACUAAAGGCAGCAGAGCUUUGCUGUCAAUUAUUCCUGCUGUCUUCUGCUAAAAAAACUGCCUUGAGAAAGGCACUGACAGAGGACUGUCAGGGGAAGAGCAGCUGGGACCUGUGCUUUAUUCUGCUGCUUAAUUUACAAAUCAGGCCGGUGAUGCAGGGAGUGGAAGACACAACAAGUGCUCCAUCACUGUGUGGCUCUGCAAUCUGCCGGCAGUGACACCAUGCGCUGUCCCAACGCGUGAGCAGGAGCCGAGACGCCCAGCACCAGGUAACCCUGCUCCUGGACUCCAGCCUCCAUCCGCUUCGUGGCCGUCGGCAUUUCUUGGCAUCUUUCUAACAGUAGGUUAAGACAAGUGAUAUAAUCCACUGUGUAAAAGGAGAAGACACGUGGAAUCUUGGCACCAGUACUAAUGAAGCUAACAGCCUUCUCUACUUUCUGUUUUUGGCUGGCUCUCUUUUUGGCUGGCUUCCUUGGCGUAUGCAUUACUGACAGUUUUGCGGGAAGUCAGAAGAAUCAUACACUAAUUUUCACCAAGGAAAGCAUAAUUCGCAACUGCAGUUGCUUGGCGGAUAUCCGUGACUGUGAUUACAGCCUGGCAAACCUGUUGUGCAAUUGCAGAACAGUACUGCCUUCUACCAUGGAAAAAACUGACUACAGUAGCGACCUGACCAUUUGGUUCACAGACACCUCUGUGCUGGAGAUGCUUCUCAACUUCACAAUGGUGUGGGAUUUGAAACUCUCCUUCUGUGGCUCCACUCCUCUACCAACAGAAUACUUGACCAUUUGGGGACUGAGAAAGCUCCGGGUAAAAAAUAAGGUCAAGGGACAAUUUCCAGAGCAGAGCGUAACCAUCUACAGUAGCAGCAAGAAUGAAAAAGAAGACCUACUCACAGUGCACAACAAAGACAGGCAAAUGUUAGUAUAUAUUUCUUUUCUAGAUACCUCUCUUUUCAAUGGAUAUUCUUUGCUGAAGUCAUACAGCGUGGAAAAUGUCUCUAGUAUCACAGAGCACUUUCACAACCUGCUGUACUCUAAUGUUUUCUCAACCUCAGAUAACAAAAGCUAUGUUGUAACAUUCAUUUACUGAGUUCUUUAGCACCAUCAGUCAAAGGCAUGGCAAACUGCUGAGAGAGAGAUGGGACUUCUCUGUUUGGUUUGGCCAGAAGCAGCCAUUGCGGGAUGAACAGUUUUGACUGUGUAGUCUACAAGGAGGCAUUUAAAGUAAUACAGACUCAUCUGACUAACUUGGUAAACGCUUCCUAAAUGAACAAAGAAAACUUGAAGCAAUGUGAAAGCAUCACUACAAAUCUUAUACAUUGUAAGCUAAGAAUUAAACAAAUGCUCUGGCCCCUGACUAUCUCGGUGGCUGUCCACUGGGGACACUCUCGUUGAUCAAUACUUCUACUGAGGGAGGCCAAAACUGCCAGUAGUACUCUGCACAUAGUCUAGUACAGAGAAUAACCCCUUCCCUACAUUUACUGGCCUCACCCCCGCUGACAUAUCUCAGUACUGUGAGGUUUGCAGCAUCUGAGGUUGUUACAAGUUACCAGAGACAAACUGAGGGUGCUGGUUGUCCUCAUCUUCUGCUGCGUGGUCAGAGCUGGGACCCCCACGCUCGGGCUGGGUGACAGAGCCUCUUAGGACAGCAGAGGCAGCUUUGCAGUCUGCCUCCCACCUCGGCAUAACCAGCAGUGCAUUUGUGAGAUGGCCAGUGAUCCAUGUUGGCUGGAGGUAUGAUGGACUGAGUUUUCAGCAGGUGAUGGAUUGCCAGCAAAGGAUUAUAUAUUUUUUUCUCUUGAUCUGGGAUAAAAUACUUGUACUGAAGGGAACAGUUACUAAGAUUCUGAGAAACCAAUGAAUUUGCUUCAACAACUUUAAGCUAAGCCUUGCCCAUAAUUGUAAUCAAUAAUGGAGCAGUUUUGCUAGGUAACACAGCUUGAUUUUUCAGAGUAUUUACAUACAUACUUCAUUACUGCAGGCUUUGCCACAGAAAUCAACAAUGUAAUAACUAUUGAGGUAAUCAGAUCAAUUUGAAAUCGUAAAGUAACAGAUUUAAAGACACUGAUGUUUAUGGGCUGAGGAAUGAACUCAAUUUAACUCAGAGAGCUAUUAAAUCAGCUAUUGUAGAGACUUUUUUAUUUAGCAGAACACAAAUUGAAAGUUUUUUUUCCACACAUGAAAAAUAUUUCUAGAGUAUUCCACAGAAAGAACACUCUAUGGUUUUGUCCUAAGUUACAACAUGGUUAGGAGCUGAAGCUGAGGUGACAGAGGUUGGGAGCAGGGGUGUUGUUCUGAGCUUGUAUUUGCCUGGUACGUAUUACAGAGGAAUAUAAAUCAUCUUGGCUGCGCAAAAGUACUAACAUUGCCCUCACAAACUGGCUAGUCAUUAACCCUGCACAGGAUACUCUUGUUAAAAAAAAAUACACAUAAUUAUAUUGAUUUCUAAAGGUUAUUAAACCUCUUUUAAAAAUCAAGCCUAAAUCUUCAGUGAAUUCACUGAGGCUCUGCUGCCCUCUAGUAAAAAAUGUGCUGAAUAACACAGAAACACAGUACUAUAUUGCCAUGACAGCAAUGAUUGCUGAGGUUAUUGUUUGAAAUCCACACACAGAGAAGAAACUGAGGAUAUAUGUAUUCUAGCCUUCUUGGGGAGAAAUCAUAUUAAUAGAUCUAUGUGCUUUCUAAUGCUGUAAAUUUUAAAGUUUCAAUAAUUUUUGCCACAGCUGUGUUCUGAAUAAUAAUCAAAUAAAAGAUGUCUUAUUCCUAUACAAGUAAGCACUGCAGAAAUCUUCCUGGAGUCAGGAAAAAUCCUGCUCUCAGUUACAUAACUGGCAGAAAUCCACAGCACCAAAGUUGCACUGAUCUUUGCAGUUCAUACAUUCCUCUCCAACAGACGCCAGGAAUCUGAUACUCCCAAUUUACAUUUGAUAUGAUUUUGCCAUAUAAAAGCACUGUGUUAGAAACUUACAGAAUUUCUUCAGAGCAAUUCAAAGAGCAAAAUACAAAGCAAAAUAUAUAACAUAAACAUUGUGAGCUUUAUUAAUUCUGUUGGCAGGGAUUUCUUUACUUUGCAUCUGAACAACAUGCAGUGGUACAUUAUCCCACUGCAGAAAUAACUGUAUGAUUUCAUAGAAUUAUAGAAUGGCUUAGGUUAGAAGGGACCUUAAAGAUCAUCUAGCUCCAAGCCCUGAUGUGGACAGCGCUGCCACCCACCAGCUCAGUCUGCCCAGGGCUCCAUACAGUCUGGCCUUGAGCACUUCCAGGGAAUGGGCAACCACAGCCUUUCUGGUCAGCCUGUGCCAUUGCCUCACCACUAUCUAACAAAUUAAAUGUCCCCUCUUUCAGUUUAAAGCCAUUCCCGCUU